AUGGGGAUCCAGCUUGUUUAUGCUUCUAAAUAUAUCCUAUUUUCGGUCAUCACUUUACUUCUGCUGCAAGCAACUUCGAUUUUAGGGAAGCCAAGAGAUCGAACUGUGAGAGUGAUUUGCGGGAAAGAACUGGAGCACAACACCACCGCAUAUGUCCCAAACUUUUUUGGUUCCAUGGAAAAAGUUAGACAACAAAUCAGAACUUCAGGAUUUGGAACCGCUGGUACAGGAAUAGGACCCGAUGCCAGCUAUGGGCUUGCUCAAUGCCAUGGAGAUCUCUCAUCCCUUGAAUGUGUGCUGUGUCAUUCUCAAGCACGUACAAUGCUUCCCCAAUGCUUUCCUUUCAACGGCGGUCGAGCUUUCAUCGAUGGCUGCUUCCUGAGGUUCGAAAACUACAGCUUCUUUGAUGAAUAUAAAGGACCUGAAGACACUGCAAUUUGCGGGAACUUUACCCAAAAUGACCCCAACUACAGACAAGCAGCCACGGAGGCAGUGAUGCAAGUGGUCAAUGGUGCACCAGACAACCGAGGCUUUGCGAAAGCUCGAAUGGCUGUGGCCGGGAUGGCAAAUGAAUCUGCCGCUUAUGCUCUGGGUCAGUGCUGGAGAAGUUUAAACCGCAGUUCUUGCAGCACAUGUUUGCAAAUUGCUUCUGCUUCAAUGUUAAGAUGUUUACCUCGAUCGGAAGCACGGGCAUUGAACACAGGCUGCUUCAUGAGAUAUUCAAAUACAGACUUCCUCAAUCAGGACAUUAAAAAUAGUUCCAGAGGUGGCACGAGAACUGAAUUGAUAGUUUCAGUCUUGAGUUCUGUUGUUGUUUUGAUAAUUGGUCUGGCGAUUGGCACUUAUAUCUGGAAGCGCAGAUAUAUUAAAAAGAAGAGGAAAGGAGGUUCAACUGACGUGAAGAAGUUGGCAAAAACUCUUCAAGAUAGUAACUUGGAAUUCAAGUACUCAACCCUUGAAAAAGCAACAAACAAUUUCAGCCUAGAUAACAAGAUUGGACAAGGGGGGUUUGGCUCAGUUUAUAAGGGUACUCUAUCCGAUGGAAGAGAGAUUGCUGUCAAGAGAUUCUUCUAUGAUAACAGACAUAGAGCAGCAGAUUUCUACAAUGAAGUAAACAUGAUCAGCAGUGUUGAACAUAAAAAUCUGGUAAGGUUGCUUGGAUGCAGUUGUUCUGGACCUGAAAGCCUUCUUGUUUAUGAAUUCCUACCAAACAAGAGUCUUGAUCGCUUCAUUUUCGAUACCAGUAACAGUAGAGCUCUAGAUUGGGAUAAGAGAUAUAACAUCAUCACUGGAACGGUUGAAGGUUUAAUAUAUCUACAUGAAAACCCGAAGUUCAAAAUCAUACACAGAGAUAUAAAGGCCAGUAAUAUCUUGCUGGACUUAAAGUAUCAAGCGAAAAUAGCAGAUUUUGGAUUGGCAAGGUCUUUCCAAGAAAGCAAGAGCCAUAUUAGCACGGCUGUUGCAGGAACCCUAGGAUAUAUGGCUCCAGAGUAUCUAGCUUAUGGUCAGUUAUCAGAGAAGGCCGAUGUCUAUAGUUUUGGAGUGCUCUUGUUAGAAAUUGUUACAGGGUUGCAAUAUAGCGGCAUUCAAGUCUCCGGAAACAUUGAAAGUCUAGUCACUGCUAUAUGGAGACAUUUCCAAGCAGGCACAGUUGAGAGAUUAUUUGAUCCAAGUCUCAAUCUUCAGAAUCACUAUAACAAGAAAGUAAAGGACGAGGUAGUGAGAGUGGUGCACAUAGGGCUCUUAUGCAUCCAGGAGAUUCCAUCUCUACGGCCAACAAUGUCAAAGGUACUACGAAUGCUGACCAUGGAGGAAGAGCAUCUUCCUCCACCCACCAAACCACCCUUCAUGGAUGAGAUGACCAUGGAACUUGAUGAUUCAUGCAAGUACUCACGAUGUUAUUCGAAUACGGAGGGAUCUUCUACUGCCACAGUCGGCCAUAGUUCAUUUUAUCCCAGAUAACUACCAUAAACUGGGGAAUCCUUCCGUCUCUCUUACCUAAAGCACUAAAACGUUCCCAAGAAUGGGAAAUGGCAUUGCAUUCCUCGCAAAAAUUGCCAAUCUCCUGACACCAUGAAGACAAAGGAUUCAUUAGCCAGAAGGCAGCCACCAUGAAGCUAUCAGACAAACUGACAUCUGUAGAUAUAGUGAUUUUGUGUUCUCCAAUAUUUAAAUUUUCAAACUCCAUUACGUAUACAUCCACUUAAUUAAGCUUCAAUGUUCAUUAACAAGAAUUGGAAAA